AAACGCCUUUUUCAAAGACCAAAAUUCAUUGGAAAAACAUCGGAACCAAAUAAAAAAUCGAGAAUUACUGGUGGAUUUGGAAAAAAAUCGGCAAGAAGAGAAGGAGGCUGCGCAAGAAACGAAGAGUUCUGGUUCGUUUUUGGGCGGAUUAGGCGUAGGGGUCCAGAUGGCGGAAUCCAUUUUCGAAAGUCUCCAAGACGUCACCAGGAACAUUUUCCUUCAAGUUCAGGACAGCGUCGUGGGUUGGAUGCUUCCGGGUCUGAUAUCUUCCUCUCAUGGAGGCCCUUCGUCGCCAGGCCCUUCGUCGACGAAGGACUCGAGGGGAAAUCCUACAACUCCUUCCCCUGGAGUGAGGAAGGAUCCUUCUGCCCCGAAGGAUCCAUCCUCCAGCGAAAAAUUACAUAAUAAAGAAGACAUUUGUCCAUCCAUUGUCCGCAAACGAAGUCUCUGCCUAAAAGGCGUCGAAACUGCACGACUCGUCGAAUCUGAUAGAAACUUGCGGAUGUUGCCGCUGUGGACGUUCGGCAUUGGAUGGCUGAUUGGCCUGAUGCCGAUGCGGGCGCUGCUGGAGGACCUCUAUGCCAGAGCCAUCGGCCAACAAGGAGAUGCCGAAGAAUGUGAUGCCAUUUUUCCGGAAUGUUUUCAGCCUCAGGAACCAAAUACCCUUUUCCCGGCGCGGUCCCAACUCCGGCAGAGGGAAGAACUUGUCGUUGGUUCAGAAUAUGGGCCGGAUAUUUUGGUGCCUGGAGUUCCGCUGAGUCAGGAAAUGGUAGAAACCCAAGUUGAUUCCAAGACUAGCGGAAAUUUUUUGUUUUCCAAACAGUCGGAGCUCCAGGAACGGGCAGGACUCGGACGAGUUCCCACUUCGGACAUCCACGAGGAUGGCAAAUUUCCUAAGUGGGUCAAGAUCGAAAUUCACGAUUCCGAGUCUGCCACUCAAGAGGAAUCCAGUAGUACUUAUGAAGAACUAUUGAGUAAUGAGACCCAGAAAAAGAUCACGAGUGCAAUCAGCAUCUCUGAUUUGAAAGACGAAGAACCAGGAAACGAAACUUUGGUUCAGGAUUUACUUUUCUUGGAAUCAAAACUUCCAGUUUCUGAGUCGCCUAUUUACGUUCCCAAGGACUCAAUCCCACUGAAACCCACAAUUAUGUUAAGAAAACACAAAGUAACACACGAAAAACCUUUAGAACAUUCGUUUCCGCAGAGCAAACGUGGAGUAUCACCGUCGCCGUCGACAGAACUAACUUCCGGAGCGACGCCAUCUUGGACAAAAAAGCAUUCCAUACAAACGCCAUCUUGGAUUGACCACCAUUUUGAGAUGACGUCUUUUGGAACAGGGCAAAAUACAUCAGUAAGUCCUACAACAAACAAUGUUACAUUAUUGAAAGAAUUUAAAGACUACUUCGCUCGUCUAUCCCAUAUUUUCUCGAAUCCUAAUUCGUCUUCUGCUGCUCAGUCUGAUUGGAGUCAUGUCACCGGCGACGCUUGGCUUAGAAAACGAAGAAGUUUCUUUGACCUGCAUGAAAUUAUUGAAGGGAGACUAAAAUAAACCACGUCGUAUAAUUUUUCUUCAAAGGCUACUGUUUCGGUUACCGCGAUUUUCCACCAAAUAAAGAAAUUCAAAUUUAUUUGAUUUAAGUAAGAAAAAUAUAUGUAAGAAAUUUUUGAAGUUUCUCAUGCACUCUCAUCCUAAUACACAACUUAUUGCCUCUCAUGGUGGGAACA